AUGUCGAGUGUUGAUACGGCGGAGGAGAUCGACCAGCUAACAGUUGAUGAAGACCUGAAUGACAUAGAGAGAGCCGUCUACCUGCUCAGUGUGGGUCAAGAGGUGCAGAGAGCCAGCGUCAUCAGUAACCUUCCAGGUCUGGUCCGACAGAAUCCAGCCGAGACGUUUCGUCGGGUCGUUCCAAAAGUUCGGGAGGUCCUUAACGGAUCUGGAGCUGAAAUUCAGCUGUCGGCCGCAGCAUCGUUUUUAACCAUCCUACAGGACGACAUCAUCCUGAUCCACACCCACACGUACUCCAUCCUGAAGACAGUCCUGCUGCACCUGAACCACCGGGACCCAG